UAAAAAAGAAAGAAAAAAGAAAAAGUGUAUUAUCUAUUUGCCCCUCAACAUAGCCAAGUGACGAAAUAGUAGAAACAGAGAAACUAGCACGGCAAUGCAAACGCAGCGAGGGAGCGUUGACACACCACACCACAACACACACCCAAAGAUCGAAUCCCAAUGAAUUCCGUCUGUGAUGACGGCGCCACCGUAAUCCCUGGUCUCCCAAACGACGUCGCGGCGUGGAUCCUCUCCAAGGUGCCAUACUCGCACCACGCGAGACUGAAAAGCACUUGCAAAUCAUGGAAACUGCUUUUGUCUUCGAGAUCGUUCCUGAACUCUUUGAAUAAGAGGAACCAUCUUCUCUGCAUCUUCCCGCAGGACCCAUCGAUCGCGUCGCCGUUCCUCUUCGACCCAAACGCGCUCGCCUGGUGCCCUCUCCCUCCCAUGCCCUGCAACCCCCACGUGUACGGCCUAUGCAACUUCGCCGCGGUGCCUCUCGGGCCCCACCUUUACGUCCUCGGGGGCUCCCUCUUCGACACGCGCUCCUUCCCAAUCGAUCGCCCCUCGCCCUCCUCGGCCACCUUCCGCUUCAACUUCCACGACUUCUCCUGGGAGCCACGCGCCCCCAUGCUCACGCCGCGGGGCAGUUUCGCCUGCGCCGUCGUCCAGGGGCGUAUUCUUGUCGCCGGCGGGGGGUCGCGGCACACGAUGUUUGGGGCUGCUGGGACUAGGAUUCGGUCGGUUGAGCGGUACGAGGUGGGGAGGGACCGGUGGGUGGCGAUGGAUCCGCUGCCCGGGUUUCGGGCUGGGUGUGUGGGGUUUGUUGGCGGGGAGGGGAGGGAGUUCUGGGUGGUGGGAGGGUACGGCGCGUCGCGGACCAUAUCCGGGGUUUUUCCGGUGGAUGAGUAUUACAGGGAUGCAGUGGUGAUGGAAGUUGAGGGUGGGGGGUGGCGGGAGGUUGGGGAUGUGUGGGGGGAUGGGGAGAGAGUGAGGGUUGGGAAGAUUGUGGUGGUGGAUGCUGAUGGAUGUCCCACCCUUUUCAUGCUUGAUGGGAACGAGAUUUUGAGAUAUGACAUGUGUUGCAAUCGUUGGGUAUACGAGUGUCGUGUGCCAAGAAAAGCUCCUUACAAUUCGUCAUUUGGUUUUGUAGUAUUAGCGGGGGAGCUGUAUGUAGUGACACACUUAUGUGUUGUUGAUUUUUCAGAAACUCGAAGGUCAAGACAGCAAAAGAGGGCAGGAACAAUGUUCAUUCAAAUCUAUCACCCAAAAAAUAAGACCUGGAGAUCGCUAGUUUCCAAAUCACCUUUCAAUUAUCCAAUAGAUAUUAAUAGUGCUGUUUUCAGCUCAAUUUCUCUCUGAAUUAUCAUGCAUCCAUCCUAUUUGUAUAGUAUAAGGAUCACUCAUCACAUCAUUUCAUCCACCUUACUUGUAUAUCUCUGUAUUUAUCAUAUCUUCAUCAAGGCUAUUAUUGAUUUUAUAUUUA